ACAAUUUCUUUCGCUCCGAGUUGUUAUUAAGUUCAAUAGAGAAGGCUACGCGACGCGUACGAUGCACCGAGCGAGGCAAAGAAGAAGCCAGGCGCAAGAAACGCAAUAGAUGGCGCACAUUAGCUGAAAGAAAACUUUUGCCGCGAUCGCAGAGAAUUUCUCGAUCAUCAGAUCCUGUACUCUCUCUCUUCCCCGAGCGUAGCAUCGUCGAGAAAGAGAGUCGAUUGCUUUAG